AAAAGGUUAAGUUUACGGAAGGGAUUUUCGCUUCCGGAAAGGAUUGUUUUCGCAUUUUCGAUAAAUAAUUCACCUUCCUGGUUUGAAGGCUACCUUGUCAGGAAGACUUUUAAGUGAACCGUCUGACGCAGAAUACAGAGACUGUGAGUGGGUCAUCAGGCAGUCUCCCUAUGUCAGGCCGAAACGGGUCUGCAAGUGAUGCAGACUGCCGGAUCUCUGAGGACUGCCGUGUCCCAGAUGUUGAGCUGAUGGAGCUGGGCCCGCUGCUGGAGGAAGUAGGGGGUCGACAGGCAGCAUCUAAAGGUGUCCAUCCGGAGGGAGCCUCGAUGCUUGCUGAUGAGGAAGAGGAGGAUGAUGAAGUGGGAGAGGUGCUGACCUUACCACUUCAGGCUCACCACGCCAUGGAGAAGAUGGAGGAGUUUGUACACAAAGUUUGGGAAGGACGCUGGAGGGUCAUCCCUUUCCAUGUGCUUCCAGAGUGGCUGAAGGAUAACGAUUACCUCCUGCACGGACAUCGUCCCCCUAUGCCCUCUUUCCGGGCCUGCUUUGGAAGCAUCUUCAGAAUUCACACUGAGACAGGAAACAUCUGGACUCACCUGUUAGGGCUGAUCUUGUUCAUUUGUCUGGGCACGUUAACCAUGCUGCGGCCCAACAUGUACUUUAUGGCCCCACUGCAAGAGAAAGUGGUGUUUGGGAUGUUCUUCCUGGGAGCUGUGCUCUGCCUCAGCUUCUCCUGGCUUUUUCAUACCGUCUACUGCCACUCUGAGAAAGUGUCUCGCACCUUCUCCAAGCUUGACUACUCGGGCAUCGCACUCCUGAUCAUGGGGUCCUUCGUGCCCUGGCUGUACUACUCAUUCUAUUGUUCCCCUCAGCCUCGACUUAUCUACCUCACCAUUGUAUGCGUUCUCGGCAUUGCCGCCAUCAUAGUGGCCCAGUGGGACCGGUUCUCCACACCUCGUCACAGACCUACACGAGCAGGUGUUUUUAUGGGUCUGGGACUUAGCGGCAUUGUUCCCACCAUGCACUUCACCAUUGAGGAGGGCUUUGUUAAGGCCACCACGGUUGGCCAGAUGGGCUGGUUUUAUCUGAUGGGUGCCAUGUAUAUCACUGGUGCUGGGCUGUACGCCGCCAGGAUCCCUGAACGCUAUUUCCCUGGCAAGUGUGACAUCUGGUUUCACUCUCAUCAGAUUUUUCACGUUCUGGUCGUGGCCGCGGCAUUCAUCCAUUUCUACGGAGUUUCCAACCUGCAGGAGUUUCGCUAUGGCCUCGAGGGAGGAUGCACAGAUGACUCUCUACUCUGAGAGGCCUGACUGUGCUUUACACUUACUUUUCUUUAUAGGCCCCCUCCACACACACACACACACACACACACACACACACACACACACACACACACACACACACACACACACACAAAAUGCUGCUGGAAGUCAAUAUAUUCACUUAUUGCUCCUUCUGUACUUCUGAUUUGCUAACAUGUUGUUAGGGUUUUGGUGGUGUUCCUGCUUUGGCUCUGUUUUGCUCCAAUAAAGUAGCAUUGACUAGCCAAUGAACUGUGGAGGGAAUCUUCAAUAGGCACUACUUCUUCAAUCAUUAUGAAGCUUGAAGUCAAGUAAGAUAAAAAUGGGUUUAAACCAAAAUCAUGCAUCCCUGUAACUGAUGGUCACUUCUUAGAAGCUUGCUAGUACCCCAAUCUCUAUCUCCAUAGUCUGUUACCAUUGCACAAAGGGUGCAGAGAGUAUUAUUUGUGCUGUAGCAGAGCGCACGUACUGUAAACUAUUCCUUUUCUCCCGCUCAGUGUGCACGCAGGUUAGAAGAUGAAUGUGCCGACCAAUAGGAGUUCGGUGUAGAACAGUCCAGGACCAUUACUCGAGGAUACUCCAGGAUACUGGAGGGCCUACACAUUUAUGAGGAGGAUGAAAGGAUACACAUAGUGUGUAUGGAUGUCACCAGAUUUUUAUUUUAAACCAUGCUGACACUGAUUGUGCAGCUGGCCGUUAAAACAUGGACACAAACCCACCCACACUGCAAUAAAACAUGAGCUGUACUCGGAAAGCACAGGCAAUACCCUAAAAUCCCACUGAAACAAAAUAGUCAUGAAAGGAACAUGUAGUUUAAACCCCAUAAAAAUGAUCCACUGAGUAACACGGGGGUUGAUUUUAAUUAGAUGUUUACCUGUGUGGCAUUUGAAUCAAAAUGAAUCAAUUGGAUUGGAUACUUAAAUUGAAUUUCUCUGUUUAUUUUUAAUUCUGAGGUUUGUUUGCAUUCGAUGCAUUAUCAUUAUUAUUAUUUUAUGUGGUGGAAGUCCCAAACAAAUGAUUUUGAAAUAGUUUAAUGGCACAGAAAAGCUGGAAAGGUUUGUAGCAUCCGUGUAAAAAUAAAUGAGCUCAGUACAGGUUAGACUAAGAUGCUUAAAUUGUCGACAUGAAAAGAACUCCCCUGCUGUCAUUUUUCAGUCUGGUAAUACAUCUUUAAUCCAUUUCUAGAGUAAUAGUUCCUAGGCCACGCACAAUGUACAGAUCCGAAUAGGUCAAAUUGUGUUUUUGUCAGCUAGAGAUAUUUCGUUUGUGCUAGAUUUCAGAUGCAAUCAGAGGUGUAAAUAUCAAAUGCACCUUAGUGUAUACUAUUAAAUUCAAAACUACAAAAAUCGAUGUACGGGGUUUCAAAUGUGUUACGUUUGAUUGAUAUAAACUUUUAGUAUUCCUGUGCCUUAGGCCAACGGAAAUGUUUUUAAAUAAAAGGGCCUAUCUUAAUAGUCAAGGGAGCUUCAAGGAUUUCCAGAUGUUGACUUUUGUUGUUUUCCUUGCCAUAUAUACAAUCGAAUCAUUAUUGAACUUACAACUCCAUGGAUAGGUUGUAUCAACUGCUGUUUAAGACUCCUUUUUCUAGAUCAACUUAUUCAAGCUUUAUUACAAAGACUAAAACGGUGUAUUCUUGACUUUGUGUAAUGUCCUGUGUAGAAAGUGAUAAAUCAUACAUUUCACUGAAAUGUAAACAUAAAUAUUUAUUAAUGGUAAUCUUGGAAAAUUAUUGUAAUAAAUUUUUUUCCACAUG